CGAAUCACAUCCGGGUGACAGGAAACGACACGCUCGCGCGCCCCCAUCCCUUUCCCAUCACCACCAACACCCCCCUUCUCCUCGUUCGUUUUGCAGCUCGGGGCAGAGGGAAGAACCAUUCUGCACCAGAGGGGAGGAGGUGGGGAGCGUCUCGCUUUUGGCUCCCCCCCCUCGCCCGCCUGCCGCAGGGAACAAUGGAACCGUCUAAUGUUCGGGGCAAGGAAGAGCCCGUGCUUGGAUCCUGAACCUUUCGCCCCCUCGCAUCCUCUUCGGCCGCAGAUUUGCGCCUUUUCUCCCAAAGACCAGUCUGUCAAAAUCCCGGUUUUCUUCGCUGGUCUAUACCAGCCCCUUAGAACUCAUGACGCCGCCGCCGCCGCCGCUGCUGCCGCUGCUUCUGCCGCCUCCUCCUCCUUUGGAACUCACCGCCUCUUGAUUGCUGGCGCAAAGUUCUUGGAAGAGCGGAUCGGGAGGGGAGGAGGAUCAUGCGCAUCCAGGGUUGGGGUUUGCCCCCAUCUCUCCUUCCUACUACCCCAGUCUCUUGAUUUCUAAGUUGGCCGGUUGUCCCCUGCUCCUUUCCACCCUUGCCUGCUGGACUUCCUUGCAGCCGGUGGGGAUGUCGCGAUCGCCUCCUUCUCCUCCCUCCUCCUCCUCCUCCGUCGUCUUCACACGAUCAGGGAGGCCGAAGCCGUCCUAAGAUCUCCACGGACAGAAGGGGAAGAUGUUGCAAAGCAUUGGCCUGACUCUCCUGGUCAUCGUGGCUACCUUGUUUUUCGUCUUGCUCUUCAUGCUGUGCGGUUGGUGCGUGGUCUGGCAACUCUUCUUGUCCAAGUUUAAGUUCCUACGAGAGCUGAUCGGAGACACGGGAUCGCAACAAGGAGAAAGCGAAAAGGCAGAGAAUGCAGAAGCCGAACAGGACGCACUGCUGCUCACUCCACAGAGAAGCAGGCAGAAACCUGCCCGUCAGCGGAAGGGAACGGCCGAAGAAGCAAGCUAAGACAAAAUGCCUGCGUAAUUUCCAAACAACCAACGGCCUGUGUCAGUUAAAAGGUUCGUUUCUACCAAUGUCCUAAGCAAGAGAAACAGACUAUUUCCAAAGAAGUUCAGAGAACAUUAAAAAUAAAUAAAUAAAUAAAUAAAUAAAUAGCAAAACGGCAGUAGGGGAAGACAAUGAAAAGCAAGAAGCAUCUUAACGCUUUCCUGGCAGGGUUUUAUGGGGAAGAGAAGUACAGUAAAAGUAAAUUUCUGUUCCCUCACCGAUUAUGCCCAGCUUUUGCACAAAAGUGAACAUGAUCAACUGUUGGCUAACGGCAUCUUUACAAGACUGUCACUAAUAGCAAUUCACCUUCGCUCUUCGUGUGUCCCGUUUUGUAUAGAAAUAGGUUUCUUUUAUGUAUGGACUCUUGAAUAUUUCUAAAUGGGGUCAGGAUGGGGUCCGUAAGAGAGACCCCUCUCAAUCAACUUAAACAUAAUCAGGAAAUGAAAUUUGGCAUCGGAUCGUAUGUCUGUUUUCAAGCUUCUUUUAAAAUGAAAACAUUUUGCCAGAUUAGUGCAUAACUGUAAACGUUUAGGGAAAUCCCUUCUGUUUUUCCUUAAUAUAAAAAAGUGGAGCAUCUGUUACAAAUCCUUGUCUGAUAUCGUUUUUUUUAAAAAAGAAACUAAUCAGUUGGCUUUAAAAUGGACCUUUUUUUCCCCCUCGUUUGCCUUUUUUUUUUUGCACCAAAAAAAUCAACUGAAACUCCAAUGUAGUUCCAUGGAUUAUAUUUUAUUACAGUCUCACUGUUGUGCUCAACGGUUUGACCAAGAACCUUCGUAAUUAGUGUUGUUUCCCCAACUUUCCCUUUUAACAGCUACAUCUGACGAACUCUCACAAGUUCUGCUUGAAUUAUGUACAAAGCAGGCCAGAUAGUAGCAUUGAAGUAGCUAAAACUGAACUAGAAUAUAUUGACUUUUGAACUUUUUGAAUUGGUGCUAAAGAAGAAUGAUCAUGAUUGUGACACCUAGCUUCUUUUCUUGGGACUCCCCGGUGCACUGUUGUUGAGUUGUUGUCGAUGCUGUGCUCCAAAUAUUUCAUUUUGCUGUGCAGAAAAGUCUCUUUUAACAGUUCACAGUUGCUAAAAACAAACCCUCCUGAUUCCUACAGUGGAUGGCUCCAUUCUCUUUGAAAAGCUUUUUUUUGACCUUUGGAGGCUUACAUAUGGAUGAAGAACUUUUGUUGAUUUUAUUUAUUUUCUAGUAGCAUUCGAGUAGGUAAAAUGGCUUUUAACGAUCUGUUCAGUAUUGACAAGUUCACAAGUGGAUCUGUAGCUUUUUCUCUUCCUCCCCCAGGACAUCCUACCAUCCAGCUGUGGGCAGUGGUUGCCUUAUUGUUCAUCUUUUUGUGGCUGCAGCUGUUCUUCGCAGCGUAUAUCAAACGGGGUUCAGGAUUGCUUGUAGCAUUGGUUCAAUGGGCUUUCGCCCUUAAAAAAAAAUCAACAUGCAAUGCUCAGUCCUUGAAUACAAGAUCUUACCAAUAAACAUCUGGUGUUUUUUUUUUAAACCACUUCAUGCUGUGCAUG